GUGAUCAGACUUAAAAAUAAUCUUACAAAAUAACGCUCAAAGAAUAUUCAGUCAGAAAUUUUCAAUAUAGUGCUCGACAAUACGAAAUAGAAAAAUUUGUUUCGAUACAUCUGUGUAAAACUUGAUCGAACGAAAGGGUGUGACGUAACAAUUUUACACGAAAAUUGAUCAUAUUUCUUCCUUUUUGGAUUUAUUUAAACAUUAAAUUCGAAAUAUAUUACAUAUUUGUGUACCAUUGUUGUAAAACAGGAGUGAAAUAAAUAAAUUUUUUCAUACUAGAAUAGCAAAAAGGUCUUUAGACAACAUGGCUCAACUGAUGACUGUUCGAUUGACGCGAAAUGAUGGCCAGCCUUGGGGUUUUCGUCUACAAGGUGGCAAAGAUUUUGGAUCACCUCUGGCUUUACAAAAGGUUAAUGUUGGAAGCAUAGCUGACAAAGCAGGACUCUUAGCUGGCGAUGCACUAAUAAGAGUAAAUAAUGAAGAGCUAUUUAAUUUACGUCACAAAGAUGCUCAAGACGCAUUGGUGCGUGCUGGAAACUCUUUUGAGUUGACUGUUUCCAGAGGGGGAUCAACUUGGAAACCAUCUGUUACACCUUUGACAUCCCCUGUUCCUACUUCUGCUGGAAUAAAUGUUGUAACAAAGACAUCUCUGAAAGCCAUGCCAGGUCAAAAUGUUGCAGCAAUCGGAACAGGACAUAAUACGGCUGCAAAACCCUUUGCCUCUAAUGGCCAAGGAGUGCGCAGUAUUGUCAAUAAGCAAUACAAUACACCAGUCGCAAUGUACAGUGAUGAAACGAUUGCAGAAACUUUGUCAGCCCAGACUGAAGUUUUAGCCGGUGGUGUUCUAGGUGUAAAUUUCAAAAAGAACGAAAAAGUGUACAACUCAGCACAAUCUGAGGUGUUCAAAAUGUUGCAGGAACAAGGCCAUGAGCCAGAACCAGCGAGACCAUCAUCUGUGUACAGUCCAUCGUCAAAUUUCGCUUCUCAACAUCAAGAGCAAUGCGUUGCUCCGGUUACUCAGCACGUAAGUGCUCCAGUGAAUGUUCCGAAACCACCUUCAAAUAAUGGACUUCCUCCAGGCCAAAAUAUUUGUGCUGAUUGCGAACGACUCAUCGUUGGCGUUUUUGUACGUAUUAAGGAUAAGAAUCUCCAUGUUGAAUGUUUCAAGUGCUCUACAUGUGGUACCUCAUUGAAAAAUCAAGGUUAUUAUAACCUUAACAAUAAAUUGUAUUGUGACAUUCACGCCAGAUUGGCAGCAUUAAAUAGCCCACCGCCAAACAGCAAUGGCAUGGUACCAGUAACAUUAACACCAAAAGCACCGUUAAAUACGAUUUCUUCUGCGUUGAAUGCUCAUGCGUUUAAUGGAUCAAGUGGCGCUGCAACAACUGCACAACUCCCUUCAACCGUUUCUGGACCUAAACCAUUUUCUUAUGCUACUCCAUCUACUUUUGGACCAACAUCUCCACCACAAGCUGUUAAUACUCCAAAGAGUCCCAUCGCUUAUCCACCUGCACCUGCACCAACUUGGUCUGUACCUCCAGCACAAGCACCAGUGUUUACUCCCAAACCCACGGAAUCGAUGAAAGCGCCAGCUGUUCAAAAUUUACAAGGCAAAUUCAACGUAUAUAAGCAACCCACUUCUACUCCUAGGAAAGAACCUCAAUCUAUUGUUACCGCUGUUUCCAUCGAGCCAAAAGAUGUUAGUGUAGAAGAAGAAAAGCCAAAAGCUACUGAAGAAACUCAAAUAGUACAAUGUGACACUAAACAAGAAUCAGUAAUCCCAAAUGAUAUGUCAAUAAAUUGCUCUCAAAAUGACGAACACAAAGUAGAAGAGCAGUCUUCUCAUCAAUCCUCUACUUCAAGACAAAGCAAAGAGUCUAUUCAGGAAAUAAAAUACAAAUUUGGUUUGAAACCACAAGAACAGCAAGAGCAUUCCUCCGUUCUAGACAAGGAAAUUCAAGAUAUGGUGGCUCCUCAAAUCCGUAUUGUUGAGCCUAGAUGGCGUACACCAAGUAGACAAUAUUUAAGCGAAUUUGAUGCAUAUUCUUCUACCCAAGAUGAAUGCCAAAUUCAUGGAGAGUCAUUCGUUAAUGACCCACAUGAAAACCGACGCCCAAUAACACCAUCAAGCCGUCCAUGGACUCCUUCUCGAAGUCACCAUCGGGCUUCUCAUAUACCAUAUUAUCAAGAACAAUUAGCAUGGGAAGAAGGAGUUGCACUGAGCAAAGAAUUUGAAAAAAAGUUGCGUACACCGUCUCCUAAUUUAUUGGGUCGACCAAAGUCUCCUGCCUUUGGGCCUCCUCCGAACCCUUUGUUGCUUAUUCAUCCGCAAACAAGAGAUGAGGGCAAAGAUUUAUCUGGAAAGUACUUGUCAGGCACAAAACUAUUAAGUCCUAUGUGGGAGCAGCACCACUACAAAAAUGAAUAUCUAGGUAUGGAAUCGGAAAAUCCUCAUUACGAAAAACAACAUCAAGCUGCAUCGCAUAAAGAAACUAAUGAAACAAUUGAGCGGCAAACCAAAGGAACAUCAAAACAGAAACAUACAGAGAGACAAAUAAUUAAAUGUGAAAAUCUUGGAUAUUCCUGUGUACAACAAAAUACGAGAGCUUUGGAAGAUUCUGAAACUGAUCAUUUUAUAAAGACAAUGGAAAAGACAACCGGAGCUACCUUAUCAAUUCAAGAUGCUGAAUUUCCCACUCGCGGAUAUGUGGCUCAACAAGCAAGAAAAUUGUCUGUAGCUGACUCUGAUGGUGGUGUAGACAAUAAUGUGAGUCGACAUCAAGGAGGUGAACAAGAAAUAAAGGACUUUGCUGUUCCAACCUUUCGUAGCUGUGUCAGCGUUCAGCAACCUAGUCCGUCGAAUAGUCAUAUACAAACUUAUUCUGAACAAUCGAAUUCAGUCAGUUCUCAUUUCCAAAAUUCAGAAUAUACGUUUCCUAUAAAGUCCGGAGUUCCUCCAGUAGGUUUUCCCACUUCAGCAGAAACUCCUCCCCAAAUGAAUUUAAUGAUGUCACAACAGCAGCAACCAAAAAAUAUCAGAACUAAUCAUAUUUCUACUAUUAAAACAACUAAUAUCUCAAAUAAUAAACCUCCUCUUCCGCCUGCAACUAAUAUCGAGCAGUCUUCAUUUAACCCAAGCAAUAACCAUCAUGAUCCAUCACCAAUCUUGCCCAGUAAAACAAAUCCCAGUAUAAAAACGUCAAGUGAUCCUGUUCCCGGCUUAGGUGGAAUUUCCGGAAAGCCGUACAAUGUACAAAAUGUUACACAACCGAAACGUGGUCGGGGUGUGUUAAAUCAAGGAGUUGGUCCAUCAGGACGUAGUCCAAUGUGUGGAUGUUGUGGAGGUCAAGUAAGAGGGCCUUUUAUUACCGCACUUGGCCGUAUUUGGUGUCCAGAGCACUUUAUUUGUGUAAAUGCAAACUGUAAACGUCCAUUGGCUGAUAUCGGAUUCGUAGAAGAAAAAGGUGACUUGUAUUGUGAAUAUUGUUUUGAACAAUACUUGGCACCAAACUGCAAUAAAUGUGCCAAAAAGAUCAAGGGUGAUUGCCUGAAUGCAAUUGGAAAACAAUUUCACCCAGAAUGUUUUACCUGCUCGCAUUGUGGAAAACUAUUUGGAAACUCUCCAUUCUUCUUAGAAGAAGGAGAACCCUUUUGUCAAAAUGACUGGAAUCAACUAUUUACUACAAAAUGUUUUGCUUGUGGCUUUCCCGUUGAAGCAGGGGAUCGAUGGGUAGAAGCGUUGAACAACAAUUAUCACAGUCAAUGCUUUAACUGCACCAUGUGCAAGAAAAAUCUUGAAGGCCAGAGUUUCUAUGCAAAGGGUGGACGUCCGUUCUGCAAAAACCAUGCUCGUUAAAAUAAACGGUCUUGGAACAAAGGCUUUUGGCACUUUGAAAACAUAUUUUAUAAAUUGAAGCCUUGUAAAAAUACAUAUAUUAAAUUAAGCGUUAUAUUAUUGUGAACUUUUAAUUAAAAUCUGUAUUUUGUUUGAAAUUUUGAUUCAAUAAAAAUAAUAG